AUGGCCAGCCUCUACCGCCUCGCUGGCCGCAACGCCAAGCGGCUCUGUCUGAGGUCCGUAGCCACGCCCUCCUCGGUCAGGGCCUUUUCAUCAACCUGCCUUCGAAAGUAUGCCGAGCCCUACCAGGGAACGCGCCUCAUCCCCGUCGACGAGGAUUUCGCCCACCCGAACGAUCCCUAUGGAGUCCACAAGCUCCAGGAGGGCGCCGUGCAAAAAUCACGCGAGGGCUCCGUCGAGAACAGAAAGGUCCGCCACUACACCGUCAACUUCGGCCCUCAGCAUCCCGCCGCCCACGGCGUGUUGCGCCUCAUUCUCGAGCUCAAUGGCGAGGAGAUCAUUCGAGCCGACCCACACGUCGGUCUGCUGCACCGCGGCACGGAGAAGCUCUGCGAGUACAAGACAUAUAUGCAGGCCCUACCCUACUUUGACCGGCUAGACUACGUUUCCAUGAUGACCAAUGAGCAAUGCUUCGCCCUUGCUGUCGAGAAGCUCCUCAACAUCGAGAUUCCUGAGCGCGCCAAGUUCAUCCGCACCAUGUUCGGCGAGAUCACCCGCAUCCUGAAUCACCUCAUGUCCGUGCUCUCCCACGCUAUGGAUGUCGGCGCCCUGACGCCUUUCCUCUGGGGCUUCGAGGAGCGUGAGAAGCUCAUGGAGUUCUACGAGCGUGUAUCUGGUGCCCGUCUGCACGCCGCCUACGUCCGGCCCGGCGGUGUUCACCAAGACAUCCCUGUUGGCCUGCUCGACGAUAUUUACCAAUGGGCGACCCAGUUUGGCGACCGCAUCGACGAGACUGAGGAGAUGCUGACGGACAACCGCAUUUGGAUCAACCGGCUGAAGGGCGUUGGUGUUGUGUCCGCCAGAGAGGCGCUUAACCUGUCUUUCACAGGCGUCAUGCUCCGCGGCUCCGGCGUCCCAUGGGAUAUCCGCAAGAGCUCUCCCUACGAUGCCUACGACCAGGUCGAGUUUGACGUCCCCGUCGGCGUCAACGGCGACUGCUACGACCGAUACCUGUGCCGCAUGGAGGAGUUCCGCCAGUCUCUGCGCAUCAUCCACCAGUGCCUCAACAAGAUGCCCGCCGGCCCCGUCCGGGUCGAGGACUACAAGGUGUCGCCUCCGCCGCGGGCGGCCAUGAAGGAGAACAUGGAGGCCCUCAUCCACCACUUCCUGCUCUACACCAAGGGCUACGCCGUUCCCCCAGGAGACACCUACUCGGCUAUUGAGGCGCCCAAGGGCGAGAUGGGUGUCUACGUCGUUUCUGACGGCAGCGAGAGGCCAUACCGUGUACACAUCCGUGCACCUGGGUUCGCUCAUUUGGCAGGCUUCGAUCACGUGUGCAAGGGCCAUCUCUUGGCGGACGCUGUCGCCGUCAUUGGUACUAUGGAUCUUGUGUUUGGUGAGGUUGAUCGGUAA